GGGGGAGAGAGAGAGAGAGAGAGAGAGAGAGAGAGAGAGAAAACCAGAGAGGAAUUCCGUGGUGGUUGCUGUUGUUGGGAGGCCAUGGCAACGACGGCGUACAUAGGCGCAUCUUCGAUGGCAGCAGCGGUGUUUGGGCCGCGACUCCCCACGACAAACAAGUGUUCACGUUGCUCUGCGCGACCUUCCCCCCCACCUUGCUCCAUCGCUCCUUCCUUCUCCACCUCUUUCAAAUACUUCUCAGAGGCUCGCAGGCUUUCUUUGCAUCAGGUCAGAGCCUCUUCCUCAGAAGAAACACCCAGCAGUGUUGAAGUCGGAGAAGUGUUCUCAGACUUGAAAGAGAAGUGGGAUGCACUUGAAAACAAGUCCACCGUACUUCUCUAUGGCGGAGGUGCAAUAGUUGCAGUUUGGUUAUCUUCAACUGUGGUUGGCGCAAUCAACUCAGUACCUUUGCUUCCAAAGAUCUUGGAGUUAGUAGGGCUUGGAUACACAGGAUGGUUUGUCUACCGGUACCUUCUUUUCAAGUCUAGCAGAAAAGAACUAGCUUCAGAUAUUGAAACAUUGAAGAAGAAGAUUGCUGGAAGCGAAUAGAGGUCCAGAAUUAUCGGGUGACAAGUUUAUUCUACAUUUAGUUUGACCAUUGAUUUUUCAGUGGUUCUCAUGGAGUGACAUAUAUAACAGGCACUUGGAUUCUGUGGUCUAGAAGUGAUUUUUCUCUUUUUCUUUUCCCUCUCUCCUUGUAUCAACCAAAUUGUUCCAUGUAAUGCAGACAACAAUUUCUUUAGAAAUAAUCUCAAAGCUUGCUUGGUG